GUGGCGAUGAGCCGAUUCGACGUACAUCAGCAUCGUCCAGGAGAGACUGCACCGUCCCCCUCACUCUGUUGGAGAAGACAUCUGGACGUCCCAGUGGGCGUGAAAGGUGAGAAGAACACCAUCGUCGCAUCCUUCAGCAGAAACUUCACAGCUAGAAAUGACGCAAACACGACCACGCACGCCCUCGUCACCUCGCCUGAGAUCGUCACUGCUCUGGCGGUAGCAGGCGCUCUAAACUUCAACCCUGAGACCGACUACCUGACCGCUGCCAGUGGAGAGAAGUUUAAUCUGCUGCCCCCUACAGGAGAAGAGCUGCCAGCGUGAGCCUUGAACCUGCAGAGCAGCUGCUCGAACCCUUCCAGAAAUGUGACGGGAAAGACCUGGAGGACAUGCGAGUGCUGAUUAAGGUGAAACAGGGAGAGACGGAGACAGAGAGAGAGACUCUUAAUCAUUUCACUCAUAUUUUACUGGCGUGACUGUUAAAAACCACAGUGUUGCCAAAGCAAAUAAUGCAGGGAGUUUACAGUUAAGCAUGAUAUGAAUAAAACACACACAACUGGGUUCUCACAUAAACAUUGUGAAAAACAAGCAUAAAACACAA